AUGGACCCCACAUUCCUGAGGAAUGUGCAUUUUGACAAGAAGCACAAGAAGGGCCUGAAGAGGCAGACCAACAAUGCCAAGGCCAUGAGUGUACCUGCUGAAGCUAUCGAGGCCUUUGUCAAGCCUAAGCAAGUUAAGCCCAAGAUCCCAAAGGGUGUCAGCUGCAAGCUCGAUCCAUUUGCCUACAUCACCCACCCCAAGCUUGGGAAGCAUGCUCAUGCCCCCAUUGCCAGGAGCCUUAGCCAUACUAAUCCUCAAAUCAAGGCCAAGGCCCAGGCCGCACCUGCAGCCCAAGUUCUGGCUCAUGUUCCCAAAGGUGCCUACUAA